AUGAGAGAGAGAGAGAGAGAGAGAGAGAGAGAGAGAAGAAUUUGCUUUAAACAGAGAGAGCCAGUGAAUGUUCAGUGCAAGUGUUUUUCUAGAUAUUCUAAGUACUGAACAGAGCUGAGAAGUAUCAUUCUCUGAUAUUCCUCCAAUAGAAGUUAUUGAUCUUCUGGGUAAUUAAUGGGAAAUGGCUUUUACAGUGGAGAGGUGUGAUGAAGAGAUGGUGUUCUCUGUGGAAUCACAGAAGGCAGUUCCUGCACCCUUCUUAACCAAGACUUACCAGCUUGUUGAUGACCCUCUUACUGAUCAUAUAGUCUCCUGGGGUGAUGAUCAAGCUUCCUUUGUUGUGUGGAGACCUCCUGAAUUUGCUAGGGAUCUCCUCCCUAAUUACUUCAAGCACAACAACUUCUCAAGCUUUGUUAGGCAGCUCAACACCUAUGGAUUUAAGAAAGUAGUUGCAGACAGAUGGGAGUUUGCAAAUGAGUGCUUUAGAAAAGGAGCAAAGCAUUUGUUAUCUGAGAUCCACAGGAGAAAAACCCCACUGAAUCAGCACCCACCAGUAGUACUACCUCAUCAAAUUCUCCAACAAGAAGAAAGUUUUGGUUGGAUUGAUCCUCCAAUAUUUCCAUUAUCUCCAAAACCCACAACAGAUCUCCUGACAGCUCUCUCUGAAGAUAAUCAGAGACUGAGAAGGAAAAACUACAUGCUUUUAUCAGAACUUUCCCACAUGAAGAGCCUCUACAAUGACAUUAUCUACUUCAUCCAAAGCCAUGUAAAGCCUGCAGCAGCACUCCCCUAUGAGCAGAAGGGUUACAGUUCAAAAUCUCCUAAGAUUGUAGAAUUAGGUUCUUCAUGUCAAGAUCAAAUAAGCUCUAAAAAUCUUUGUUUGGGCAAGUCUUCACUGACUUUAACUGAGGAAGAAUCAAAUGGAUCAGUGAAGCUUUUUGGAGUGCCUCUCAGUGGCAAGAAGAGGCUACACUCAGAAGUGAUUGAUCAACAGAAAUUAUACUAGUGCAUGGUGGGUCUCCCUUUGAUUAAUCUAUAACAAUAUAUUGUAGGCUCCCAGCUGUUUUGGGCAAGAUUUUAUCAUAGGAUAAGCUUUUGUAGAUAAGUGGCUCAAGUUCAAUUGGAGUCAAUUAAUUAAGCUCACCAUAAAAAAAAAUGUUAUAUGUCUCCAUUAAUAAUUCUAGCUAGAUUUUUCAUUCA